AGUUCAGGCUAGUUUGUUGGUUAACCUCAUCGGAUCAGCUGGUUAUGAGGCUUUUACAACUUUUACGUUUGAAGAAGGAGAGUAAGUGCAUCGACGGUGCAUCUGAGGGGGUGCAAGUGGAUGCUGUGCAAGGCGGCCGCAGAGCACGAGGCGGGCGGCGCGCCGGAGGAUGGCGCGGAGCCGGCGGAGCGCGAGCAGCGCGCGCGCCGCUUGUCGCUUGUGAGCGAUGCGGCAGCGUGCGGUGUCUCGGUGGCGAGCGGUGUCCGGCGUGUGACGUAAAGUGUUAUGUUUGUGAAAAGAAAGGUCAUUUUUCGCGAGUGUGUAAGCAUACAAAAUCGAUUCGCAAAGUGUUAAAUCUCAGUGUAGAAACCGUAAAUAGUGACAGUGACGAAGAAAGUCAGAAACAAAGGUUUUAUAUAAACACCUUAGAUAAUAAGAAAAAACAAUGUAAGUCGCCAUUGGAAUGGACAGAAAUUAUAGAAUGUCAAGGUAAAAAACUUUUAUUAAAAAUAGAUACUGGAUCAAUGAUUAAUGUUAUCUCUAAAGUAAAUUAUAUGAAGUUAGGGUUAUCUAUUACAGACCUUAAACCGUUCACAAAACGUGUAUAUUCGUUUACAGGCAAUCAGUUAUCAAUUAUAGGUAUUGGCAAGAUUUCUUUUAUGUUUAGAAAAACUAGUUAUGUGUUAUCAUUUGUUGUUGUGGAUUUGUUUUGUCAGAGUGUACUCGGUUUAGAGGGAUGUAUUGCGUUAGGAUUAAUAAAUCAAAUAAAUACAAUCAAUUUGGAUAACUAUAAUGAAUUGUUUCAAGGAUUGGGAAAAUUACCUGGCAAAUAUAGUAUAGUAAUAGAUAAAAACGUACAACCAGUUAUAUGUCCUACUAGGAAAAUUCCAUUCGGUCUUAAGGAUAAAUUAAAGGAGGAAUUGUGUAGAAUGGAAGAUUUGGGCGUAGUUAGGAAGGUCACUCAUCCAACCUCAUGGGUAAAUGCAAUAGUGUUAGUCGCGAAAAAAGAUGGCAGUAUUCGUGUUUGUUUAGAUCCGCGACCAUUAAACCGGGCGGUGCAACGUGCGCAGUACUCGCUCCCGACGGUACCGGAGCUGGCCGCGCGCUUGCGAGGUGCUACUGUGUUUAGCGUGUUAGAUGCGCGCUGUGGUUUCUGGAUGGUUCAAAUAGACGAUGUGAGCGCUGAUCUCUGUACGUUUGGCACACCAUUUGGUCGAUACCAAUUUCUGCGUUUACCAUAUGGUAUAAACUGUGCGCCAGAAGUAUUUCAUGCGAAGCUUAGGCAGCAUUUAGAAAAUUUAGAAGGAGUUGAAUCUUUUAUUGAUGACAUAAUUGUAUGGGGCCGUAGUAAAGACGAGCACAACCAGAGAUUAGAGUGUCUUCUGCGACGUGCUAAAGAUAUUGGCAUAAAAUUUAAUCGCGAAAAAUGCAAGUUUGGUGUAUCAGAAAUUACUUACUUGGGUCACAAGUUUGACGCGAAUGGUAUGCGGGCAGACGACUCCAAAGUAAAAGCUAUAAUGGAUAUGCCCUAUCCUACUGAUAGGAAGGCUCUCGAGAGGUUUUUGGGCAUGGUAAAUUAUUUAGCUAAAUUUAUACCUAAUUACUCAGAGAGUGUAAAUGUGUUAAGGUCGUUAUUAAAGAAAGAUUCGGAGUGGUCUUGGGAAUCUCAACAUUCAGAAGCAGUGGAUAGGCUAAAGGCAAAGCUAGGUAGUGCACCGGUGCUAGCGCUGUACAGUGACAGUGCGCCGUUAGUGGUAUCAGUGGACGCGUCUAGCGUCGCGCUGGGCGCUGUGCUACUACAAAAUGAUCGUCCGGUGGAGUUUGCAUCGCUUACGCUCACCGACACUCAGACUAGAUACGCGCAGAUCGAAAAAGAAAUGCUAGCUAUUGUGUUUGGUAUCGAAAGAUUCAAGCAGUAUAUUUAUGGAAGAACUGACGUCACCGUAAACACCGACCACAAGCCACUAGAAGCAUUAUUUAACAAACCCCUGGUUUCGGUACCAGUUAGGCUACAAAGAAUGAUGUUGAGAGUACAAGGAUACGACUUCAAAGUAGUAUAUACGCCGGGCAAAAAUAUGUAUAUAGCAGACACGUUAUCGAGGGCACCUUUGAAGGAAAAAAUGCAUGAUCAAGUAUCCACAGAAGUGGAGAUACAAACUUGUUUCAUGUUAGAACAUGUACCUUUUAGCCAACCACGAUUGGAGGCCAUUCAAAAAGAAACGGACUUAGAUAGUGACUGUCGAUGGUUGAUUAAAUACAUAACAAAAGGCUGGCCUAAAAAUAGGCGCGAUGUAAAUGAACGAGUGAACGCUUUCUGGCCAUAUCAUGAGCAAAUGCAUUAUGUAGACGGAAUCAUUUUUAAGGACGAAUUAGUGUUUAUUCCUCGUGCUUUACGGGAAGACAUGUUGUCACGAGUUCACGAAGGACAUUUAGGUAUAGAACGGUGUAAAAGGCGCGCGCGCGAUGUAAUGUUUUGGCCGGGAAUGUGCGACGAUGUCGAGCGCAUCGUGCGCACGUGUGCAGCUUGCGCACUGCACGCGCCUCGCCCGCGACGUCAACCGCUUCUGCAGCAUAGCGUGCCUGCACUGCCAUGGCACAAGCUAGCAUCGGACACGUUCGAGUAUAAAAAAAAGAAUUACAUUGUUUUAGUUGAUUACUUUUCAAACUACGUUGAGGUAGGACAGUUAACGAGCAUAAGCUCGAAGCAAGUAAUUUCUUUUAUGAAAGAGCAGUUUGCAAGGCAUGGUAUACCAGCAGAAUUAGUCAGUGAUAACGGUCCGGCUUAUAACUCACAAGAAUUUAAAAAGUUUAUGCGCGAAUGGGAAAUACAGCAUGUAACGUCAUCACCGCAUUACCCACAAUCAAACGGGAAAAGCGAAAGAACAGUGCAAACAGUUAAAAAUAUGUUAAAGAAGUGUGUAGACUCGGGACAAGAUUUCAAUUUAGCAUUGUUAAAUUUCAGAACUACGCCGCGGCAUGACUUAGACUCACCUGCCCAGAUUUUAAUGGGUAGAAGGCUGAAAACUAGAUUACCGGUCUGUACUAAACUACUAACGGAGAGGGUAGAUAAUGAAAAAAAUUAUAAAGCAAUUUUGUCAAAGAGGGAACAAAUCAAAAUAAAUUACGAUAAAUCGGCAAACACCCUUAAGCGACUAUCUCAAGGGGAUAGGGCAACUUUAGUGUGUAAUGGCGCCAGGAAACCGGUGACCGUAGUGGCACAAGCAGCUCAACCGCGCUCGUACAUUGUAGAAGACGAACGUGGUGGACGGUAUCGGCGAACUCGAAGUCAGUUGAUAACGCGUACGGCCUCGUCAGCAGAAAUAAUUAGAGAAACUGUGAGACAACCAUCUGAUAAUGAAUUUAGUUGCAAGUUACCAAGUGUGAUCUCGAUGGCAGGGUAUCGUAGGCGUAGACGAAAGCCAGAAUCCACAGGGUCGCAAAACACCGUGGUUCCUACUCGGGCGCAGGCAAGCCCAGCGAACAGCGAGUACCAUGAAAGUCCAGUUGGUAGUCGAGACCAGUCUUGUACGUCGUCACCUCACGAGAUACCUAUUGAAAGGUCUAAAGAAAGAACUGCACGAAUGCUGAAUCAUCUAUUUCAAUAUAAUGAAUAGAUAUAGGUUAUAGAAAUAAGAUUAGA